UUAGUCUUAUAAUUUUUUUGAUUUAUAAAAGAUUAUUCCAUGGAAGGAACUUCAAAAAUUGGAUUGAAAUCAGCUUGUGUAAUUGGUGGCACUGGAUUUAUGGCAUCUUUGCUUGUCAAGCUUUUGCUUGAGAAAGGCUACACUGUUAAUACAACUGUCCGGGACUCUGGGAAUCAUAAGAAGAUUUCUCACCUAUUAGCAUUACAUGAGUUGGGAAAAUUGAGAAUAUUUCAAGCCGACUUAACAGAUGAAACAAGUUUUGAUAUCCCUAUAACUGGAUGUGACAUUGUCUUCCAUGUUGCAACACCAAUUAAUUUUGCUUCUCAAGAUCCAGAGAACGAUAUGAUAAAUCCAGCAAUACAAGGAGUUGUGAAUGUCCUAAAAGCAUGUGUCAAAUCAAGAACAGUUAAAAGUGUUGUAUUGACUUCAUCAGCUGCAGCUGUGACAAUCAACCAACUUAGUGGCACAGGCAUAGUCAUGGAUGAGUCUAAUUGGACAGAUGUUGAGUUCUUGACUUCAACAAAACCACCUACUUGGGGGUACCCUGUCUCAAAAACAUUAGCUGAAAAGGAAGCUUGGAAAUUUGCUGAAGAAAACAACAUUAAACUUAUCACUGUAAUUCCAUCUCUCAUGGCUGGUCCUUACUUUACUCCAGAAACUCCAAGCAGUGUUGAUCUUGCCAUGUCCUUAAUCAUAGGGGAUGAGUAUCUUAUAAGUAACUUGAAGGGGAUGCAGAUGUUAUCAGGUUCAAUAUCUAUUACACAUGUGGAGGAUGUUUGUCGAGCCCAUAUUUUUGUUGCUGAGAAAGAAUCAGCUUCUGGGAGGUACAUUUGCUCUGCAGUCAACACCAGUGUGAUAGAGCUUGCAAGUUUCUUGAAGAAAAGAUAUCCAACUCUAUAUGUUCCUACUGAUUUCGGAGAAUUCCCAUCUAAAGCCAAGUUGAUCAUCUCGUCACUAAAACUCAUCAAAGAGGGAUUCAGUUUUAAGUAUGGGAUUGAAGAGAUCUAUGAUCAGUGUGUUGCUUGUUUUAAAGAUAAGGGGUUAUUGAAGAUCUAAACAGUUUACUGAUGAAUCUUUGUGGCAAAGAGCAGCACUAUUCUGUCAAUAUUUGUUUUGAAUAAACAAGAUUUAAUGUAAUACAGAAG